AUGACUAGAUGUGUCGUGCUCGGCUGGUUCGCGAUCGUCUUCAAUCUGCUCCCAUACCUCAUCUGGAACGCAUUCUCGACGCUGCGUGUGUACGCCCUUUGUGGGCGCGACUGGCGCAUCGCCGCGCUCGUCUGCCUGCUCAUGACUGGGCCCAUCAUCGCUAAUGCCUACAACAUCCCAACGCAGACACCGGUAAACCUGCCGGAGCCGUACAACUGCGAGGUUAACAACGCCAUAACGGUCGCGCUGCACACGAAGAUCUCGUUGAUCGUGGGCGACGCGCUCGUACUUGCCGUGACAUGGUGGAAGACGUACCGGCUCAAGAAGGCGGCGGACGCUGCGCAUAUGAAAACGUCUAUCUUCGAACUGCUCCUUCGCGAUGGCACGAUCUACUUCGGGACGAUGCUCGUCUUGAACGUCCUGCACAUUAUCAUCAACUUUGUUGAGCAAGUCUCCUUCAUGGGCGACAUCGCCGACGUCCUCACUUCGAUCCUCGUCUCGCGCUUCCUCAUGAACCUACGCGCGCUCGACGCCCAACAGACUGGACAGACCUCCACGAACGACGCGCCCGGAACAUGGCACGCCGUCACAGGCGCGGGGAACGACUCCGCGGGCGGCGGCUCGAUCGUGUUCGCGAGCACCGCGAGCCGUUUCGUGGAGUUGAUGGGCGGGCCACUCGAGCAUUCGAUGCGUGCACUAUCCGAGCCGGAGACUUCAAAUGAGGAUGAGGACCGGGAGAGCGAGCUUGUGCACGAGGGAAAGGAAGUGGGGUCUCUGACGGAAGAGGGAAGAAGUGGUUUCUAG